UUAAGAUAUGUAAAUUAAUUUGUGAUUUUUGUUCAAGAUUUAUUUUCCUUGUCUAACCAUUUUCCAUUUAUAUGAAAGUUAACAUAAUUAUCACAACGACAUCUAUUAUAAAUUAUAAUGCUACCUUCAUAAGAACAUCACCCUUCAUCUAACUACAAAGAUUGAAAAAAAAAAAAAAAAAAGACGUUUUCAUGGAUACUUCAAUGGAGAUCAACCAAAAACCAGUUCGUGUGUUGAUGUUUCCAUGGUUGGGACAUGGACACAUUUCUCCGUUUCUCGAGUUAGCCAAAAAGCUCGUCACAAGAAACUUCACCAUCUACUUGUGCUCCACCCCCGCAAAUUUCAUUUCCAUCAAACAAAAACUCAUUAACGAAAGCUUGACUGAAAAAAUUCACCUCGUUGAGCUUCGACUUCCCUCUUCUCCCGACCUUCCUCCAAAUUACCACACCACCAACGGUCUCCCACCCCAUCUCAUGUCCACACUCAAGAAGGCGUUUGACAAGUCCCGUCCAAUUUUCACCCAAAUCCUUAAUACCAUUAAACCCGACUUGCUUCUUUACGAUUUGCUUCAACCAUGGGCUCCAAUAGUAGCAUCGAAAAAAAAUAUCCCAUCGGUUGUUUUUGCCACGAGUAGCGCCACCAUGUUUUCCCACAUGUUUCACACUUUCAGAUACCCUAACUCGGAGUUUCCCUUCUCCUCUAUUUAUUAUCGCGAUUACGAGUUCACUCGUAUGCUCAAAAAGCAAGAUUUGGAACCUAUUGAGCAACAACAAAAAGAUAAAACUAGUCUUAAGUUGUGCUUCAAGAGGUCUUCUAACAUUGUUUUGAUUAAGGGUUUUGAGGAAAUUGAUGGUAAAUAUUGUGACUACAUAUCUAGUUUGACCAAGAAGAAAAUCAUCCCUGUGGGUCCACUAGAAGAUAGGGAAGAGAUUGCUCAUGGGCUAGAGCAAAGUAGGGUUAAUUUCAUUUGGGUUGUGAGGUUUCCAAAAGGUGGAAAACUCAAACUUGAAGAAGCAUUGCCACAUGGAUUUUUCAAGAAAGUUGGUGAAAGGGGGAUGGUAGUUGAAGAUUGGGCCCCACAAGCAAAAAUAUUAGGAAAUUCUAAUAUCGGCGGAUUCGUGAGUCAUUGUGGAUGGAAUUCUGUUAUGGAAAGUAUGAAAAUUGGUGUUCCAAUAAUUGCUAUGCCAAUGCAUCUUGAUCAACCAUUGAAUGCUAGGCUUGUGGAAGAAGUAGGUGUUGGUUUGGAAGUUGUUAGGGACAAAGAUGGAAAACUUGAUAGUGAAACAAUAGCUCAAGUUAUCAAUAAGGUUGUGUUGGACAAAAGUGGAGAAUCCAUGAGGGCAAAAGCAAAGAAGAUGAGUGAAACAAUUAGAGCCAAAGGUGAUGAAGAGAUUGAUGAUGUUGUCCAAGAAUUGCUCAAACUUUGCAAGUGAUCAAAUGUUGUCUAGUUAGCUUUUGAUGAUUUGCAUGUGCUUUCCUAAUUUUUUUUUUUUUUUUUUUUUAGGUUUCAGUAUCAUGCUUAUGAACUUAGGCAUGUAUUGGUGGAGUACUAAUUUUUUGUACUCCUCAAUUAGGUCUUGUUUUGAAUGAUGUUUAUCUUAGCUAGCUAGACAAAUUGAUCUGAGACUAGCAAAUAUGAAUGUCAAAAUUUGCAUUAGUUCAAUAAAAAGUUGAAGUUAAUUAACUUUUAAUGUUGGUUCUAUUUUAGCAGAGGACAACUAUUGAAGCUUAUGCAAUUUCUUCUUCUUUUUUUGUUUGAUCAUAAGACAUGUAUAAGACUAAGUUUCUUUGACUCGAUUUGUUUCCUUCCAU